UUGGUACAAUUGACUUAGACUCUAGGAAAACACCAAUUGUGGCCCACUUUGACGGAAGGAUUUGGCUCCCAGACUGUGGUUUGAGCUUGAGCUCCCUAAAGAAGAGAAAGGGAUUUCUAGGGGUAACAAGAGGAAUGGGACCCCAAAACUGAGACUCUGAGCUGAGCAGCCCCAGAAUGCCUGGCCUGUUGAACUGCUUCACGGGGGCAGCCCUGCCUCUCACCGCGUCUGACGUCACCUCCUACGUCAGCGGCUAUGCCCUGGGCCUCACGGCCUCCCUUACCUAUGGCAACCUGGAGGCUCAGCCCUUCCAAGGUCUCUUCGUGUAUCCGACGGAUGAGUGCACCACAGUGGUUGGUUUCGAAGCCGUCAUUGCUGACCGAGUUGUGACCAUACAGCUCAGAGACAAAGCCAAGCUGGACAGAAGCUACUUGGAUGUCCAAUCCGCCACUGUCACAGGGAACCUUCCAGAAGAGGAGAUUCCCAUCACACCGGGAAAGGUGACCUUGGAUGAGGAUCUGGAGCGGAUUCUGUUCGUGGUCAACCUGGGGACCAUUGCUCCCAUGGAAAAUGUCACCAUCUUCAUCAGUACCUCCUCGGAACUCCCCACGCUACCCAGCGGGGCCGUGAGGGUCCUUCUGCCGGCCAUCUGUGCCCCGACCGUGCACCCAUUCUGCGCCCACAGGUUUGGCUCCUCCAGACAACAGCCACGAGGCAAAGACCCACACUGCUUCGGCACCCAGUCCAAGGACUCCUAUAAGAGGCUGUGUCUGGCCACUCUCCUGGACACAAAGGUGACCAACCCAAUGGAAUAUGAAUUCAAAUUUCAGCUGGAAAUCCGCGGGCCAUGUCUGCUUGCAGGGGUGGAGAGUCCCACUCAUGAAAUCCGAGCAGAUGCAGCCCCAUCGGCCCACUCAGCCAAAAGCAUCAUCAUCACCUUGGCCAAAAAACAUACCUUUGACCGGCCGGUGGAGAUCCUUCUCCACCCCAGUGAGCCCCACAUGCCGCAUGUCCUGGUGGAGAAAGGGGACAUGACCCUGGGGGAAUUCUACCAGCACUUGAAGCGAAAAGCAGAUUUCGUUAGAGGAACAAAGAAGGACAACAUCGCUGAGCGGAAGACAGAAGUCAUCCGGAAGCGUCUCCACAAAGACAUUCCCCACCACUCAGUCAUCAUGCUCAACUUCUGUCCUGACCUCGAGUCCGUGCAGCCCAACCCCAGGAGGACCCAUGGGGAAUUUAUCUUCCUCAUCGACAGGAGCAGCAGCAUGAGCAAGACCAACAUCCAGUGCAUCAAGGAGGCCAUGUUGGUGGCCCUUAAGAGCCUCAUGCCAGCAUGCCUCUUCAAUGUCAUUGGUUUCGGAUCCACAUUUAAGACAGUCUUUGCUUCCAGUCAGAUCUACAAUGAGGAGAACUUGGCCCUGGCAUGUGAAUGCAUCCAGAGAAUGCGAGCUGACAUGGGAGGCACCAACAUAUUCUCCCCUCUGAAGUGGGUCCUCCGGCAGCCACUGCGCCAGGGUCACCCACGGCUCCUCUUCCUGAUCACCGAUGGGUCUGUGAACAACACCGGGAAGGUUCUGGAGCUGGUGCGGAAUCAUGCCUCUUCUAUCAGGUGCUAUAGCUUUGGAAUUGGACCCACGGUCUGCUACAGACUGGUAAAAGGGCUGGCGUCUGUAUCCAAGGGCAGUGCAGAGUUCCUGAUGGAGGGGGAGCGGCUGCAACCAAAGAUGGUCAAAUCCUUGAAGAAGGCCAUGGCCCCAGUGCUGAGCGACGUGACCGUGGAGUGGGUUUUUCCUGAGACCACGGAGGCCCUGAUCUCUCCUGUCAGCACCAGCUCCCUUUUCCCUGGGGAACGGCUGGUGGGAUAUGGCAUUGUGUGCGAUGCCUCCUUGUACAUCUCCAAUUCCAGAUCUGACAAAAGACGAAAGUAUGGCAUGCUGCAUGCUCAGGAGUCCAGCAGCUCUGUCUUCUACCACUCUCAGGACGAGGGACUCAGGCCAGGCAGCGGAAACUGUGCCAAGAACUUCAACCAGGGGCAGACCAAAGACGCCCAUCCAUGCAAUGGAGACUCCCUCUCCCAUCACGGUCUGGAUGGCUCCCGGCGUCGGAGGGCAUACAGCACUAAUCAGAUCUCCAGUCACAAGGCUUGCUCAAGGGCCACCACAGCCAGCGACCCCACUGGGACUACCAGGAGAUACCCACUUCGAAAAGCCAAGGUGCAAGACCUGGCCCAUCAGAGCAGCUCAGAGAGCCAGCAGUGGCAGAUUGAUCUGCAGAACCUCUUUGAACCUCAACUGCCUCAUCUACAAAAUGGGGAGAAUUGUGUGUAGAUGGCUGAGUCACACUAUCCAUCAGCAGAUAAGGAGUGGGAGCUGACUUCAGCUGGAGGAGGCAUUACUGGGUGUGGGGUGCGGUCCUGGCCCAAUGUCUGGCUGUAGCAGAUGCUCCUCCAUGGCAGCCGCAGCCCCUGAGUGCAUGAGCUGCCUUUCUUCUUUCAAGCUUACUCCUUAGCUCUUCCUCCUCUCCUGCCUGGCUUUCUCCUUCACUGCUGUCUUUCCCCAGCAUAUUCUCUCUCUCUCUCUCUCUCUCUCUCUCUCUCUCUCUCUCUCUCUGUGUGUGUAUGUGUGUGUGUGUGUGUGUGUGUGUGUGUGUGUGUGUGUGUGUGUGUGUGGUGUGUAGAUUCCCCAGAGACUGGUUAGGUGACAGGCUAGCGUGCAGAUGCCUCUGUUGCCAUGGAAACUGAGUCCAUUUCCCUCCGACCCAGUGUGGGUGAUAGUGAUAUUGGUAGAGAAUAUCUGUCUCUCGUGGGUGAAAAGGUCAGGGAGUUAUAGCUGGACACCUGCCCCCUCAGAGGCACCCUAGAAGUGGCCAGCCUCCUUUUCUUCCAUGCCCUAGAGACAGGAAGAUACCCCUUUGAUGAAGAGGCAUACCCCUAAUCCAUACUAAUACAUAUAUAAUAGCAUAAAAGGCCUCCAGGGUUUACUGAUACCCCUCACAUUUCAUCCCAGCCGGUAAGUGGUUAUGUCACUCCGUACCAGGACAUAACCCAUUUUAUGGGUAACAGGAAACCCAUUUUAGCUUACUGGUCUUCCAUCACAAAAGUAACACAUACUCGGCAUCUGGAACUAAAUCCUUCAAGCGGUUCAGUUGGGUAUAAAGUACAAGUAAAGUCUCCCUCCCCUACACUGACACCCACUUAAUUCCGAGUACGUCUUUCUAGAAAUACCAUGCGCAUACACGUAUACACAGAGCGCAUGAAUAUUUUAAUAGCUGUUUAUGCAAAUUGUCCUCCAACAUACCGUCUUAAUGUUUUCUUUAAAUACAUUUUCAUCUCAUUUGUUUCCUCCGUGUAUGUGACUGGGUGGGCAGGUGGGCGUGCAUGCCUCAGCACCGACAGGGAGGUUUGAGGAUAAUUCCUGGGAGUCGCUUCUCUCUUUCCACCAUGUGGGUCCAAGGAACCAAACUUAGGAGGUCAGGGUUGGUGGCCAUCCCCUUUACCAACUGGGACAUCUUACUGACCCUCUUAAUGUUGUUUAAGUUCAACUUUAUAUACAGUGAAAUCAUGGUUUCUUUCUGAUGAACAGUUGUCUGCCUCUGACAGUGUGAUCUGUCAUAAGUUUAAGGUGAUUUUUUUCUCAGAUAUCUUCCCACAGUGGUACGAAGAAAUCCUUCUUUUCAGUGCUGUAUAAUACUCCAUUACAUGGAUAUACCAUAACCUACUCCUUCUCCCCUGCUGAUGGAGAUGUAGGUUCCAGAUCUUUUUUCCUCCUAAAGUCAGGCUCUCUUUGUGUACCCCUGGCUGGCCUGGAACGUGGUACAAUAGACCAAGCUGGUUUCCAACUCACAGAGAUCUGCUUCCCUUGAUCCUAAGUACUGGGAUUAAAGGCAUGUGCCACCUCACUCAACUGUUUCCAGAUUUUUACUCUGAUUAUCAAUAUUGUAACAAACACACACAGCUUGCACAUGUUUAUUAGCAAAUACAGCACAGACCCUUGCAACCCCGUGGUUCCCAAGGGGUCGAAUUCGUAAGAGUAGGAUCAUCGUCUCAGCUCAUGGACUUCAAUCAGUGAUACACAGCCCGUCGUCCUGGUGUGCACUGCUGUAAAAGAGACCCUGACACACUGAGCAUUGUCACACAUUUAGCUACUUACCUGUCUCUAAUAUGGAAAAAAUUGUGACUUGUCUUAACUGCCAUGGCUCUAAGCAUCUCCACUUGGCUAAUAUGUUCAAUAUGAACUGCUUGUGGAUGAAGGCCCCCACUAUUCUAAUUUUGUAUUUUCCCUCCAAUUACAUGAGAGAGAAUUCGUUUCUCUUUUUAAGGUCAGAAUAAGAAUAGUUGUUUAUUGAGUACACCUGGAGAGGGCUAAUAGGCCGGGCAGUAAGUAGGUACCCCCCUCAGCUUAGGGCAAUGGGUCACAUGAGGCAGGGGGAUGGGAUGUCUCUCUGUGCUUGGAAGAAGUCCCCCUCCCGUGUGUAGCUUUUGGGCAUGUAGAUUGUGUCGUGAGGAGGAAGGCAGUCUGGGUAGGCUGGUAAACAAUGCUGGGAUCUUAGUGUGAGUCAGCAUGGUAGUGCCACCCAGUCUUGUAGCCUCUGCUGUACAAAUCAGGGCAGCCGUGGUCUGUCACCCAGCACUGGGCUGCAGUUGUGUGACAUCUAAGAAGCCUGACCUGAGACAAUCCCUGAGUCUCAUGGUAUGAAAGAACUCCUUUCAUGUGUGUGUGUGUGUGUGUGUGUGUGUGUGUGUGUCUGUGUGUGUGUAUGUGUGUGUGUAUGUGUGUGUAUGUGUGUGUGCACGCACACACACACAUGUGUUCGAGUGCGUGCCCUCUGUGCACUGCAUUACACACAAACACACAUGGUAAAGAAAUUUAAAAACAUUAAGCAAGCUUGUGUUUUCAUAGAAUUCAGUGGAUCCUGAAUUCCAAGAGCAUUUUCUUUUUUCUAAAAAGAGAGAGAGAGAGAGAGAGAGAGAGAGAGAACUCCAUCAUACAUGUUGCAAGGAUAUUUCCCAUCUACCCCUUGGCUUUCGGAGGCUUGUUUAUAACAAGCCCAAGAACAGAGAGAUGAAAUUAUCAAAACAGACUGUAAAGUCCACAAACAAAACCAAACACACAUGCUGGCUCUGUGAGAAUCGUGUGUUGAACUGAUAAGAUCCAGAGAGCCCCGCUACAUUCCGUAAACAGCGCUGAGGUCUGAAGCACUCGGGAAAUCAAAGUAAAAGCUAGUUCCUAUCUCCUUACAGGAAAAGUCCCAGAUGAAUCAAAGGCUUAAAACACACAAACAACCAAAAAAACUCAAAACUUCUAGAAGAUUUUCUUGGGGGUGGGAAAGACCUUUUAAGCAUGCCAUAUGGGGAGAUAGAUGUAGGGGGAAGGUUGGUAAUUUUAACUACGCACAAAAAAGGUUUUAAGCUCUCUGCCAGAAAAGAAAGUAGGUUUGGAAUUAUCCGUGGUAUGAGGUUUUCUGUGCUUUGGAGUUGACCAUGGCCUGGAAUCUUUCUGGUUUCUGUUUCUCAAGGGUGGUGGGGACUAGGUCCAGGGUCCCUGGGUCCCUGAGAGGCCUGACCUGUGGAGAAAGAGAGAGAUCACUGGGGGUUGGAGGAGGGAAGAGAGGGAACUGUUGGGGGAAGCAGAAGGAGGCUCUUGCCACAUGAACUUCACCUCCUUUAUUUUCCCCCUCUUCCUCUUUCCAUCCUCCUAAUUUUCUUCUUCCUCCCUCCUUUUUCCUCCUUCCUUCUCCUUCCUUUCCUCAUCCCUCCCUCCCUCCCCUCCGCUCCCCAUGCCCUCCUCCUUCCCUCUCCCUCCUCCCUCCCCUCCUCUUCCUCC